AUCGUCGCGACCAUGGCCACGGACGGACGUACGAAGCGUUCGCAGUCGAUAUGCGCGCCCUCUUCCGCGAGUAUGGAGGCCUUAGCAGCGCCUAUGGAGACCACGCCGGCUCCGAGGCGGCGGCCGGCCACCAGGUCUCAGUCUGCCCGAAUUACAGGCGGACGGUCAGUCAGGCAGAGAAGACAGCAGCAGCAGCAACAGUUGGAUAGAGAGACGAGAGCACGUUAUAGCUCCGAACCGCGUCUAGCUGAAGCCGAAACACCCCCACAAGUCCGGAGACAGGCUUCCGCACGCCGGCGACCGCCUCCGGGACAGCACAGCCAACCUAGACGCUCAAACGCUUUCCUGGACGUUCCGAGAACAGCUCACCAACCUGAGGAAGAGCCAGAUGAAGACUCCUACAGGCUACGCACCUUCAACACCACACAGAAAGGAGGAAUCGUGAACCGAGGAGAUUCUUUCCGCCGGCGGCGCUCGAGGUCUGGAAGCUUGGCACCAGCGUCCCCCGCACAAUCCGCGCCGGAAUCCCAGGAGCGGCGUCCUGUGGCCUGCCACAGGGUCGCCAUGGUUGGAGCGCAGGGUGUCGGAAAGACCGCACUCAUCAGUCAGUUCCAGACCAGCGAGUGUAUCAACGCUUACGACAGGCAAAAUGUCGACAGUUCAGAACAGAAGGUGUCUAUAUUGCUGAACGGCGAAGAGUCAGAGUUAUAUUUUGUAAACUGCACAAGCACAAAGGAAGAAAUAGAUCGUGCAGAGCCACCAGAUGCCUUCGUGGUAAUCUACUCCGUGAUAGACAAGGCGUCCUUCCAGAAAGCGGAGCAGGAACUCGCCAGGUUGCUAGACUGCGAUAUGCUGCGGUCGAGACCUGCUUUGCUGGUCGGCAACAAGAUAGACCUGGCGAGAAGCAGGGCUGUUUCUACACAAGAUGGCAAAUGCCUCGCCUGCACAUACAAAGCAAAGUUCAUCGAAGUAUCUGUUGGAAUUAACCACAAUGUAGACGAACUGCUGGUCGGCAUCCUCAACCAAAUACGACUGAAGCAGCAGCAAUACUCCGCAGAAGGGGGCAGGGAAUCCUCGCCGGCCCACUGGUAUAAAUCCAGAGGGGUUGUACGAGCUAGCAUGAAAGCUAGGCAGAUGCUGACAUGGAUCUUCGGCAAAGAGGAUACGAAGUUCAAAAACUGUGAGAACUUGAACGUCCUGUGAGUGGAAAGUGACGGGCCCGUGUUUGUGUAAACAUUGGACAGUGACGCGGGUAGUUUUUCGUUAUUAGUAGUAUUUUAAGCAAGGCAAAGGCUGACGUCACAUUGUUUUAUAAUCAUUUCAAUUUUUGUGUUAUUUCCACCCAAUAAGUACACACCUUAAAGUUAAAAAAACUUAUUUUGUUUCAGAUUAUUGUUUAAAUUUUUGUUUUUUUUAGUAAACAUCACUUGACAGUAUAACAGCAAAAGAAUGAUAAUUUUGUAUUUGGUUGGAGCGUGGUAGAUAGGGAAGUCAUUAAAAAGCAACAUGGCGUCGGAUAUAAUGUAUUUUGAAUGCCAAAGAAUACUCUGUAAUUUAAUAUUAGAUGUAAUGUGCCAAUUUUUUGGAGAAAAUUUAAACAUAUUCGUUUAGGUUAAGUCUAUAUACUUAAGUGAUAAAUGCAGUAUUUUUCCCCACUAAUUCGUGUUUAAUAUAAUUAACUACGACAUA